GGAAAACACAAUCAAACAUUUUCGGAAAACGCAAGCAAUUGUUUCCGGUUCCGAUUUGUAAUCUGGAUUCUGGAAAAUUGAUAUCUACGUAUCUAUGAAGAGUUUGUUUACGGAAAACUCAUAGAUCUUUCUCCGUGGCACAUUGCAACGAACCACGACUAGACGAGGAAGAGGUUCAUGAUCAGCAGUGUGAUCAACCACCUAUACAUGCAGAGGAGCAACCCAAUCAUCAAAAUUUGGAGCAGCUUGCACAUCAGGCAGUGGAGCAGCUCAUGCAUCAGGAGAUGGAGCAGCCCGUACGUGGGUAUCGUGGAGGACCUUAUGAUCUAUCUCUUCUCACGCGAUACGAGGGUCAUGUUGCGCGUAGGUUGUGGUAUGGUCAGGAGCGCGGUGUCAAAAAGGAGUUAAAGGUAGCAUCACAUGGGAAAAAGUUGGAGGGUUGGGUUCCUCCACAACUUCCCCCUUUAAUAGAGGGAUGGCUGGAAGGUUCUGGACUUAGCGCACUUCAAAUGACUAGUAUGAAAAUGGUUGACGCCAAUCUUUUAUCGGCGUUUGUGGAGAGAUGGCAUCCUGAGACGUCGUCAUUUCAUAUGCCAUUUGGUGAAAUGACUAUUACACUGUAUGAUGUGGCUUGCCUACUUCACAUUCCGAUUAAGGGUGAUUUCUACGAUCAACCUCCAAGUGUAACGGAAGAAGGAGCAGCUGCACUUGCUGAGGAGUUGUUGGGGGUAACUUAUGAUGAAGCUAGGGCGGAGACGGCGAGGAACAGGGGUGGCUAUUAUAGGCAGGAGUGGUUGUACAGGUUGUUCGAUAUGCAUCAUCAAACUGGGAUGCUUGACUGCGCUGCUAGGGCGUACAUGCUCCUCCUAGUUGGGUGUACUAUUUUUACAGACAAGAGUUUUACUCUCGUAGAGGCAAAAUAUCUACCGCUGUUUAGAAACUUGUCAAAUUGUGGUAAAUAUUGUUGGGGUGCAGCUGCUUUGGUUACAUUGUAUGAGCACUUGGGAGAUGCCUCUAUGUUUACUUGCAAGCAACUUGGAGGAUAUGUGACACUUUUACAGUGUUGGAUUCAUGAAUAUUUUCCGAGUCUUGGUAAUCGAGCAGAGAGUCGAAUUUGUUGUGAUAAGCCAGAAAAAGGCGCCGCUCGAGCUAUGCGAUGGAAGUAUAAACAAGGGACUCUUAAGGUUGAUCAAAUACGAAGGUUGAUAGAUGAUCUGACACCUGCAAGUGUCAUAUGGCGCCCAUUUGAAAGUCACCGCCAGAUAAUUCCAUUUGAUGAUAUAUGUCUAUACAAUGGUUGUCUUCGUUGGUGCAACACUUUAGUACUUUACUUGCCUCAGAGGUGCCUCCGACAAUUUGGAUACAUGCAAUAUAUACCACCACCUCCUCCAGAUCCUCGUACCUUUGAUGUCGAUGUUGAGUGGAUUGAUUACCAUUCAAGUGUGCAUCGGGUCAUUGAAGGAGCACUUCCGGUGACAUAUACAUUUGAGGUCACAGAGACAUACAUGGAGUGGUACUACAAUGUAUCGCAUCCUCGUUUGAUAUGCUCUGGUGAGGAGCCGCAUAGACCAGUCCCUCUUCCGGUGUAUAGCGUCCCUAAUGAUGCACGGCCUUCUGAUCCGAGACUGGCUUUGAUUGCUUCCGAACUACAAGGUUACUUAGACGAGAUUGGGGCUACGCCAGAGAAACCUAUGCAUAGGCAUUUGUACCACGCAUUAAAUUUGGCUCGUGGUGGACCUUUAUAUUAGUUAUCUUUAUUAUUUUAUAUGUUGUAUUAUCGACAUUGAUUUGUUUUAUAUGUUGUAGUAUCGACAUCAGAUUUAUUUUUUA